CGGUUCUUUCCGCGACAUGGUGAGCACGAAACGUACGCAGCGCAGUGAGCGCUCGGCAUCGGCUGCCAGGGAGGCGGCCGCGCGGAGGGCGUCCACGGACUCGGAGGAGGGUGGCUGUCAUGGCUCGGAGCCUGGCCCCGAUGAACGCAAGCGCAGUGCUGCGUCGGAUCCUGACGUUGAAUCGGAAACGGAGCCUGAUAAUAUUUCAGGUCAAGCGUACCGACUGUCGCGAUGAGUGCUCAACAAGUCCAAAUCUUAAAAGCCUCAGACCACGGCUUCGAAUUCAACCUGAGCGGGUUGGAAAGCAUGCUCUUGGCUGACAACGUCAAAGAUCUGCCAGUCGUCGUGGUUUCGGUGGCAGGUGCAUACCGACAGGGAAAAUCUUUCCUGCUCAACUUCUUAUUGAAAUACCUGCGGAACAAUGGCCGACACGACUGGCUUGCCGACAUCAACAUCCCGCUUCAGGGCUUUGAAUGGCGACCUGGUAGUACGCGGAAUACAGUGGGCAUCCUGCUCUGGAACGAAGUAUUUGUGAUGACCAAACCCGGUGGUGAGAAAGUGGCGGUUUUGCUAAUGGACACUCAAGGGACCUUUGAUACCGAGACAACGUUAAAAGACAACACUACGAUAUUCUCCAUGAGCAUGCUGACGAGCUCAGUACAGGUUUACAACCUAAUGAACAACAUCAAGGAGGAUGAUCUACAGCACCUGCAGUUCUUUGCUGAGUACGGCAGGCUGGCACAAAAGGAGGCAGCAAAGACCUUUCAAAGGCUUCUUUUUCUGGUGCGAGACUGGAAUUAUCCAGAUGAGUACAAGUACGGCGCUGAAGGUGGGCGCGCGGUAAUUGGAAGCCGUCUGAAGAUAAAGGAUGGGCAGCCAAAGGAGCUGACGGAGCUGCGAAAGAAAAUCCGGUCUUGCUUUUCGGAGAUUGACGGCUUCCUUAUGCCUCACCCUGGAGAUAAGGUGGCGAGAGACAGCAAUUUCGACGGCCGUCUUGAGCACAUUAGCGAAGAGUUCCGGGCGAAACUUCAAGAACUGAUACCUUUUAUUCUGGCACCGGAAAACCUAUUGGUGAAGGAGAUCAAUGGAAAAAAAAUAACUUGCGAAGUGCUGAUGACCCUCUUUAAGGCUUAUGCUGAUAAGUUCCAAGGAAACAAUUUGCCUGAACCAGCGUCGAUGCUGCAGGCGACUGUGGUGGCAACCAACGUUAAUGCCGUGGACAAGUCUAGAAGAUUUUAUAUGAAUGAAAUCAAAAAGAUGCCUCAAAGAGACUUGAGCAAACUGCUUACGUUUCAUCAGGACCUGAUGACACGGAUGAAGGACGUAUUCAGAAAUUGUCCCCGGAUGGGCGGCGACGACGUAUCGACCGACUACUUGGAAAAUUUGACAAAGGAACUCCAAGCACACUUCCAUGGCCUUUUCGAGGAGGAGGAACGGCUCAUCAAAAAAGAACAAGAACAGGAAGCGGAAAGGCAGAAAGAAAGAGAGGAGGAGCGCAAACGGGAGGAGCAGAGGCAAAGAGAAAGACAAGAGGAGCGUAGAAGGGCAGAGCAGAGGGAAAGAGAAAUAAAGCUAGAGAAAGAAAAGGCAGCGGCAGCAGAAAGGGAACGGAAGAAAGCGAUGGACGCCUUGAAGGCUAAAGAAGAAGAAGAAGAAGCACGGAAGAAAGCGGCGCGAAAUGUCCAAAAUAAGAUAGCGCAAGGAUUCAAAGCCGCCGCUAUGGCCAUAUUGGCACCUUUUGCAGCGGUAUUGGCUCCGGUGACUCUUCCUUUGGUCGUGAACGAGUUCGCGGAUUCGGUUUCAAACUUAGCGGAAUAGCGCCCAGCGUACAUUUGAAAGUACAGUACGACUUUCAGUAGUAAGUAAUUAAAGAACAAACACACUGUGUUUCUUAGUAAACCGUCUUGCUAAGAAGGGUCCUGCUAAGACGAGCACGUUUUAGUUCUUUGUUGCAAGAUGUAUUUGAUCUGAUCAUCGCCACACAUAGAAAAGUGCUGGUCAACGCAGCUGCUGCACAUGCACCUUUUUUUUUUUUUUUGUCAAGCAUAGCAUAUGCUUCUCAACGCUGAAAUUAGUGUGGAAGUUUUAGAAAAGAAUGACGCAAGCGAUGAAUGCAUGACAUUGCAUGUAAAAUACAUAUUUAUAUUUCGCAAGAAAAUUUAUGCUGGAGUUGUAAAGUACGGUGCGCCUAUGUGUAUGGUAGAGGGGCGUGCUUGUUCUCGAAGCAAAUAUGAUGUUUUU